AUGCUUGCACACCAAAGAUUUAUGAAUGCAGUAUUGGGUGUACUUCCACACAUCGAUGAAAAUCCUUUAAUUUUACCGAGAUUAAGUUCAUUAACAUUAUCAGGUUUAUUGAUCGAUCCAAAUGCAAUUAAAGAUUCAUGCGGCUUUAUUCUACAACUCGUUACAUACGCUGAUGAUGUUUCCGUGUUCUCUCUUUUCGAAGCACUUUGCGGACCAAAUGAAGAGCUCAAAGAAGUCCAGCAAUGGCUCAUCGACGUAGGAUUUAUACAAGUCCUCAUCAAAGAACUCGAAUCAAUGUAUUCUCCCGCAUUGAAAAAUUGCGGUAGAACAGAUCACAACGGAUCAUUACUUGUCGCGUAUUAUAACAUCAUUAAGAUUGCCAGCUCAUCAAAGAUACUACGAAAGGAAGUGAAACUCUCUUCUGUUCUUGCAGUUUUGAACAGAGAUUUGGGAGAGCUUCCUUCUUACAUCGAAGACGCAAGAUGGGAAGCUAUGGCAUCCCUGGCAUGCGCAAAGACAUUCGAUGUCAUGAGAACUCUUUUCCAAGAGUCAGUUGAAAUGAUAACAGAUCCAAAACGAGUCAGAACAAGAGCAUCAGUAUCUGCAUUACAUAUUCUUGCAUUUAUGAUCAAAUUCGAUCCAAUUAUACCAGAAUUCGUUCUUUACGCGAAACUUCCGAAAGUUACAACAGAUUUGAUGAAAGCAAAUCCAGAUCAUUCGAUAUUACAUGCAGCUGCAACAUAUUUCUUAAUGUCUUGCCUUGAAAACCCUGUUACGAUGACAAAUACGAUGAAUGAAAUUGCAUCUUUCGUUUUGUACUCAAUGAACCAAUCAAAUAGAAAUAUUGCAGCUACUGGAAUGAAUCUGUUAUCAAAAGUGUCUGAUGCAGAGAAAGUUAAUGAAGAUAUUUUCAAUGCAAUGAAUGAAGUGCCUGGAUUUGUUAAGGAAGUGAAAGAUCCGUUUGCCGUUUAUGUUAGAUUGCUAGAUGAUGAUUAUGGAGGACCAAUGCCAAUAUUUAGCGUUGAUAAUGCUAAUAAAUUGGCUUUGCUAACUAUGAAGAUGAUGCGCGCAUGGUAG